UCGAAAAAGAAGAGGACAGUCUCAUCAACGCUCUGGAGAAAGUUUUGGCAGAUGAAGCGGAACUCGACAACGCCGAAAACGAUUCCGACGAUGAGGCAGUCAUCACAGAUCGAGAACUGUCGCUCCUGCUCUCGAUGCUGCGUGAAGACAUGGACGAGAUGACCCCCAACGGUGCCCGAGGAUACAAGUGGAGACCGUCAUAUUACCCCUCCGAGUCCCUGCACGUAGGUGCACUGGAACCACUGGCUACAGGGUUUCUCCCCAGCCGCUACUCUGGCCAGAGGAAGAGGUUUUUGACAGGUGCCUUGGAACCCAUCAGCAGCGGAUUCAUCAAGAGAGGUUUUAACGGAGGUGCUAUGGAGCCCUUAGGGUCUGGCUUCUUCAAGAAAGGAUUUAACAGUGGUGCCAUGGAACCACUGUCGUCAGGGUUUAUCAAGAAAGGUUUCAACAGUGGUGCUAUGGAACCUCUGUCAUCAGGGUUUAUCAAGAAAGGUUUCAACGGUGGUGCUAUGGAACCUCUGUCAUCAGGAUUCAUCAAGAAAGGUUUUAACAGCGGUGCCAUGGAACCUCUUUCAUCUGGAUUCAUCAAGAAAGGUUUCAACAGUGGUGCCAUGGAACCUCUGUCAUCUGGAUUCAUCAAGAAAGCUUUUAACAGUGGUGCCAUGGAACCUCUGUCAUCUGGAUUCAUCAAGAAAGCUUUUAACAGUGGUGCCAUGGAACCUUUGUCAUCUGGAUUCAUCAAGAAAGGUUUCAACAGUGGUGCCAUGGAACCUCUGUCAGCUGGAUUCAUCAAGAAAGGUUUCAACAGUGGUGCCAUGGAACCUCUGUCAUCUGGAUUCAUCAAGAAAGGUUUCAACAGUGGUGCCAUGGAACCUCUGUCAUCUGGAUUCAUCAAGAAAGGUUUCAACAGUGGUGCCAUGGAACCACUAUCAUCAGGAUUUAUCAAGAAAGGCUUCAACAGUGGUGCAAUGGAACCAUUAUCAUCAGGAUUUAUCAAGAAAGGCUUCAACAGUGGUGCAAUGGAACCUCUAUCAUCAGGAUUUAUCAAGAAAGGCUUCAACAGUGGUGCAAUGGAACCACUGUCGUCGGGGUUCAUCAAGAAAGGAUUCAACAACGCUGCCAUGGAACCACUUGCUUCCGGAUUUAUGGACGGUAAACGCGGAUUCUACAGCGGUGCAAUGGAGCCUAUAAGCUCAGGUUUCCACGGGGGUAAGAGGGGAUUCCACGAAGAGGAUAUGGAAAAAGACAAGAAAGGAUUUAAUAAUGGUGCUCUUGAACCGCUUCAAUCAGGCUUUUUAAAAGACUAGAUGUUCCGCCCAGUUCCGUCUGGACUCAGUUCGUGCUUUUCGGCCCCUACUUCAGAGGUAUAUAUUUAGAAUAUCAACAGCCAUCUUGAUACUCGUUUUUUAUUUUCUUGGGAAUCGUAAUAUUAAUAUUAAUUCUUGUUUACUAAUAUACAUUUUUUUCAACAUUAAUCUCUUAAAUUGUUAUACCUUGAAUAUUUUCCUUGACUCGCUACAUAUUCAAAGUUUCAAUGAAAUUUAUUUUUACAUUACUGUUUUCUUCCAUUCUUUAGAGCAGGCGCAAAAACUAACACCCCACCAACCGUAAUCUCUAUGCGGUUCUUACUUAUGGAUUAUUACUCUUGUGAACAAAAAAUCAAGGUUAUUGUUUAUAAAAUUUAUUUUUCUUGGCUAUUGUUUUAAGCCUUAAAUUAUUGGAUUAACAUUUUAUUAACAUGAUUGCACAUCGGUUCAAUAUGUAAACAUGGAAACAUGGAUUCUUAUUGUUCAAUCUAAAAUGGUUAUUGCAAAGGAAUACAUUGUUUGUUUACCUAAAGAUCUAUCCCGUUUAAUGUUGUUUCCUGUAAAAAAAAACUCUGCGUUGUUUUCGAAUUUUAGUUGACGUUUGGCGAAAGUUGUCAUCACUGCCUAAAUAGCCCGCUCAGACGAUUCCAGUGAAAUCAUUCGCUGAGAAGCAUUAGGCACUGACAACUAGUCAGUGUUGACAAACUUUGUGGAAUGGUGCCUGGGGUUGUUUCACGAAGACUCUUGUCAGUGAUUUUCAGCGUAAAGUGUUAUAAGCUACUGCAAAUCCUUGCAUCUGAUUGGUCGAGAGCGAAUAAGUCGGUGAAAAUUAUACUGACCGAAUUUUUCACGAAAUGCUCCGGGACCUUUUUUUAUGGUCACAAGCGUAGUCCAUAUUGCUUUUCUAGAAUGUCUUACUGAUUCAAGUUGUGUUGAUGAAUAAUGGACCACUGAAAGUGAUAAAUGGUGGUCAUUUUGGCAAAAUUAAUUUAUGAUAUUGAUUUCAUGAGACAUAUUAGAUUUGCAGCUACAAGUUAUUCACUAAAAAACACAACAUUCCAGAUAAUGCAUGAAACAUUGAUAAGAAUAUGAAAUCGUCAUUUCUUAACUUCGGCCUCUCAUGUUUAGAAAGGUUUAGAAUUCGUGUUUUCAAGUUGAUUAGAGCUUUUGUUCCUCUUUCAAGUAAACAGGGGUAAGCUCGUGGAGAAAAAUACAUAUUUUUGUUUGAUAUCUUACUUCAAUCCUUAUCAUUUCGUUUUAAAGCGCGAUUUGUUUUAUGUUUUCUUCUGUUGAGGUAAUGUAGUUUAUAAAAGUGGAUGUAGGUUUGACGAAUCAUGAGAAUGAUCUAGAUCUUUAUUAGAAUUUUAUAUGUUAGCCUACGAAGGAAAAUUCACCCGAACUUCUAUUUCUGUGUUGUUAUUAUCAAAGUAAUCAUACAUGUAUGCACAUUCCAGCGCCAGAUUGGUGAAGUUCCAAAAAGUUAUUUUCUGGCUUCCCUCAAAGAAAAUGUAGCAAAAAUGGAAUACAGAUAUAUUGUUUCUGUCACGUUCAAAAGAGGUCGUUGUCAAACAUCAACUUCGAUUUUGUUUUGCUUUGUUUUAUUCAUGAUACGAAUUAAAAUGCAUUGUGGAUCUUUUUGUUCAAUCUUUCAUUAUUUUCUUUGACUUCACUUUGUUUCCAAAUAGACAGAAACAUAUCCAUGUACGAACUGUUGAGGGCGUUAUGCUGAAAGUGUGAAUGUGCAAUUAGAUCUGAAUAAGCCUGAAAACAAAUAAACAUAAUUUUAAACCUCUUAGUUAUGUGCACUCUUUUAAAACUUACAUGUAGAGCUUGUAUAUUCUUGUGUUGAUGUUAAAUUAUUUCGUUCUUAUUUAACUUAUUUGCAUCAUCAACAGUACUCGACGAUUAGAAUUGAAAAGAAAUAUAUCAUGACUUAACAAUUCAAAACAAUGAUUGUGUGCAUGUAUGUGUGUGUAAAAGCUGGACUUAAAAUCUCUAUUUUCAAUAAAGCAAACCUUUAAACUACAUUGAUUUUAUGAAAAAGAAAAUGAACAGAUUUAAUGGUGAAUGAAGGCACACGUGCAGUCUAAUUAAAUAUGCUAUCUGUAGAAAUAUAUAGCUUUAUGUUCGUCAAAUGAAAAAAAAAUAUUUGGCGGUAAUAUUAAAAAAUCAUGAUAAAUUAAAAUACAAUUUAGGAGCUUGGGCAUUCCAAAAUAACAAAGAUUUUUUUAGAUAAUAUAUUCAAAUUAAUAAACUUUUAUUAUAUGAAAGAUCUUUACUUCCUAGCCUCUUUAUUUCUUAAUAAAUCCAAGUAAAAUGAUCUUAUAAUAUAUUUAUUAAGUUUCAUAUAAUAUCAUCAUUCUUCAUGCAGCUUUAAUCGAAGAGUAUUGUAUCAGAUAUUUUCAACUCUAUAUCUGCUCAAUGAUUAAUGAUAGAGGUAUUGCUUUAAGCAUGCUGACUAUGUGUGCUAUGUAUAAUACGGUAUGUGAAUUAUAUCUAUCAAUAAAUUAAAUUCAAAAGAAUACUUCUUACAA